AUGGUCACUGCGUUCAUCCUGUCUCACGUCGUUACUCAAUGCAACAUCGACACCGGCUGCAACUUCUCGGAGAAAGUGGAGAGCAGCACGAUGAUCCGCUUCAUCCGCCUGACCUACGUGCGUCCCUCCAACGACGACUCCAGCGACAUCAGCGCCUUCUACAGCCCCCCACCCAGCGUCAGUUACAAAACUUUCCUCCCAGCUCCGACGAAGGUGGGCAUGUGCAGGGGGUCGCCAAUCUACGAAAACCUCGGAUCCACGUGCGAUCGCGCCAAAAUGUGGUUAAGAUGCAUCGAACGGCGAAUAAUCGGCGUCGAGACAUUUUACCACCCAUUAAAUUGCAUCUGGCACAAACAAGAUGGCUGCGAGAGAACUGUGCUGAGAGGUGAGUGGACAACUUCUGGCCGAUCUAACAGACAACACAAACGAAGAAGGAAGCUGGUGCACGUUGUCAGAGUGUUCCUGGAUGGUGACUACACGGAACCUCCCUCCUAUCUGCUGCCUCCAUCACCCAUGGUCGAGGAAAUCAACGACUGCUCGUGCAACAUCUCCUAGCCGUCAUCUCCUCAUGUAGCCACAUUCCUCAUCGUCACCAUCAUUUAACCAUGUCAUCAUCAUGUGAACCAUCAUCGUCGUCAUCAUCAUCAUCAUCAUGCGAACCAUCAGUCAUCAUAAUCGCCUCUACACUUCCACGAACAAUCUAAUACCAAGUGAAUCUCUACACGAGAAAGAAUAUGGAAUAUAGUAAAUGAUUUUGACGGAUGGAUAGAUACGGAUAGCUGGAUCGAAUGAUGAAUGAACCGAUCGGUGGUUAGAAAGGAUAAUAUGAUGGAUGGACAAGCACCCACAAUUGCAUACAUAAAUUUAUGAUGAGCAAGAACAAAUGAAAUGAACAACUGAACGAAUUGAAUAGAUGGAUGAGGAGUCAAAACGUCUCUUUUCAAUAAUUUUAUCUUCCUUUAUGUCACUUCUCACGUGCGUCUUCGGAAAAGCGUUUGUUAGAAAAAUUAUCUUGCAUGAUAACGCUCAUCAUCGUCAUCGCUCACCUCCUCGUCAUCACCAACCAAAAUCCUUUUCACAAGU